AGCUGGAACCCAUCUCCUGGAACAAACAGCUGGAAGCCACCUUCAGUUGGAGGGAAAUUUCCAGAUUUUUGUAAGAUUAUUCUCACCCCUGGCAGGAGCCUUUGUUGGAAGAGAUGAUGCUGGGCCUGGGUCCCCUGGUGUUGGUCUUCAUGCUGGGUCUGGGUCUGAUCCCACCGACUGUGGCUCAGAUCCCACCGACCGUGGCUCAGAAUAAAGACAGGUACAACCACUUCCUGAGCCAGCAUUAUGAUGCCCAACCAAGUGGCCGGAAUGGCAGAUACUGUGAAACCAUAAUGGCGAGACGACGCCUGACGAAACCCUGCAAAGACAUCAACACCUUUAUUCAUGGCACCGAGAACAACAUCAAGGCCAUCUGUGAUAACAAUGGAGAGCCUUACAAAGAAACUUUAAGAAUAAGCAAAUCUCGCUUUCAGGUCACCAUUUGCAAGCAUGCAGGAGGGUCCCCCAAGCCUCCCUGCCGGUACAGAGCCACACGAGGGUUCAGAAACAUUGUUGUUGGCUGUGAAAAUGGCUGGCCUGUCCACUUUGAUGAAUCCAUUUUCCGUACAUAACCAGCAGGCCACUGGCCCAGAGUUAGCUCUGCUCUCCUUUCCUUGCAUUUCCCCUGUCCACUCUAGAAUAGUGGUGGCAACAUUCCUUGCCAGGGGCCCAGAAAAAUGAGCUGCCUGGAUCUUAUGUUUCCUGUUUUAUAAUAUGAUUAAUAAAUAAAAAUGCCUCUGAAAUCAA